AUGCACAAAGGACACAUACCAGCAGUGGCAGAAGCCAGGCUUGCAGCUAAGCGGGCAGCCCGAGCAGAAGCUCGAGAUAUCCGAAUGAAAGAACUGGAGCGACAGCAAAAAGAGAUUUAUCGCUCAUCUGGUAGGAAGUGGGGAGAGAUUCACCAGUGGAUGGAGAAUACAGAGCGUGCCAAGCAUUCUUAUAGGCCUAGUCGACAUCACAUGGCAACAAAUCAUGAUGCCUUGUCUGUUCACAGUGCUAGCAGCCAAAGGGUGUCAUUGAACGAUGAGAGACUUUACAGUUACAGUCGGAGAUAUAGUUCAAGAACUAAUUCAGAUGAUGAAAAAAUGAGCACCAUGUCCCAAGACAAUAUCAGCCAGGGACGUCGUGACAGUGUGUCCUCUGAUUUUUCUGAUCACAGUGGAUCGAUAGCUGACUAUUUUAGCCGCUCAAACCGCAGGGGAAGUGUGGUCUCGGACUUGGAUGAUAUUUCUGCCCCAGACCUCCUUAGUUUGGAGGAGAAGACUGAAUCAUUUUCUCGGCCUGCUUCUCGAAAUGCAGUCGCAGGGUUGUCACCAGCAACACUGGCCUCACUUGGAGGAUCCUCCUCUCGACGAGGGAGCGGGGAUACCAGUAGUAUACUAGAUCCAGAUGUUUCACUCAGUGAAUUGCGGGAUAUCUAUGAGCUUAAGGACCAGAUACAAGAUGUAGAGGGGAGAUACAUGCAGGGAUUAAAAGAACUUAAGGAUUCCUUAUUAGAGGUCGAAGAAAAAUAUAAGAAAGCUAUGGUCUCCAAUGCACAACUAGACAAUGAAAAAUCUAACCUCAUCUACCAAGUGGAUACACUAAAAGAUGUUAUUGAGGAAAUGGAAGAACAGAUGGCUGAGCUAUUUAGGGAGAAUGAGGAAAAAUCCAAGGUAAUCUGUUAUGAACAACUUAGGCAGUGCCUGGGAAUUCCAGUUUGUUUGUUUUGUACAUAA